AGCCCCUGAAAAUCCCAAUGAGUCAUGGACAAGAGAUGACUCAUGGACGAGGCUGCAUGAACAGAUGCACCAAUCAACUCCCACCACCACAAGGGAGGGACACGCCCCCUUCCCCUGAGAGGAUGUCUAACUCAGUGAGUUAAUGAAAAGAGGGAAGAAGUUUCGCUGGUGUACCUUAUCUGAUGCUGAACAGAGAAAAUGUUCUCAUCUGGCCCGUACUCUUCAAAGUGUUUUGUCUUCAAGUGACCCAUUCUCUCGAGUAUCCUGUGUCCGAGCUCACAAUACCCAGGACUGCAUGACCAAAAUUAGGGGCAAUAAGGCAGAUGCUGUGUCCCUGGAUUCUGGUGAUGUUUACACUGCUGUCAGACUUUACGACUUGGAAGCAGUAGCAAAGGAAGAAAAUACUGAAGGUAAUUGCGUGUUUGCUGUAGCUGUUGCUCACCGUGGGACUCAGAACAUUUUUAAUCUAAGAGGGAUACGCUCAUGUCACAGUGGAGCCAAAUGGACAUCUGGUUGGAAUAUACCAUUAGGAUUCCUUCUCUCUAAGAACCUAAUGUAUUGGGAUGAAGAACAACCUUUGGCUAAAGUUGUCAGUACAUACUUUAAUGCAAGUUGUAUUCCUGGAAUCGGAGUCUCUUCUCCAAACCUGUGUGAAUUGUGCCAAGGACCGAAGUCUUAUGUUCGGGAAAAAAAUCACUUCUGUGAAACAAGCAGCAGUGAGCCAUUUUCAAACUCUGAGGGUGCCUUUAGAUGUCUAAAGAGUGGUGCUGGAGACGUUGCAUUCGUGGAUCAUCUGACCAUAGCAAUUGCAACUGAUGCAGAAGUGGAUCAAUUUGAACUGUUAUGUCCAGAUGGAUCUACCGCUAGUCUAAAAUCUUACAGGACCUGCAAUUUGGGCCAAGGCCCUGGCAAAGCAAUUGUCACCAGAAGUCACAUGAAAAGAAUAACUAAAAGAUUUCUUACGCUGAUCCAGAAUUUUUUUGGCAGAAGUGGAAAACACAGGAGCCGCUUUUCUCUCUUUACAUCUGAACAAUUGGGAGGACAAAAUCUUCUCUUUCAUGAUUCUACACAAAGACUACAGGUUAUAGCAGAUGAUAAAGAUAUGACAGACAUAUUGGGCCUGGACUAUGUGGCACUCUUAAAAGAACUGGGGCAUGAAGGUAUAUCUCUGGACCACAGUGUUAUCCGAUGGUGUUGUAUUAGUUCAGCUGAGAUGAGGAAAUGUGAAGACUGGGCACUGAGUAUAAGAUCAGAUCCUUUGGUUUGUGUCCAAGCAACAUCUCUAUCUGGAUGCAUUGAGAUGAUUAAGAGUAAUGAAGCAGAUGCUGUUACAUUAGAUGCCACUCAUGCAUAUAUCGCAGGAAGGUGUGGACUUCACCCAGCUGCAGUGGAAUACUGGGGUGAUAAUUCUGAAUGUCUUACAGAUCCUAAAGAGCUCCUACAUGGUCUCCUAGAAAAAGGGUUCCCUAUUAUGUAUGCGUUGGCUGUCACUAAAAAAAGCAUGAAAGCUGUGACCCUUCAUGAUUUAAAGGGCCGUCGUUCCUGCCAUGGCAACAUGUACAGUCCUGCAGGAUGGCUCCUGCUCUCCAGAUACACUGUUCGGGCACCUCUGAAUGAAACAUGGGAUUGUGAUAUAAACUCAGCUUAUGAAAAUUAUUUCUGGAAGGGGUGUAUGCCUGGAGGAGAACGUGGUCUAUGCAAAGUGUGUGUAGGAUGGGAGGAAGUUGGCAGAGUCAAUGGGAGAUGUGCAGCUAAUCAUGAUGAACGUUAUUAUGGCAACAUGGGUGCCCUGAGGUGUCUGGUUGGAGACCCAGGUGGACGCAGUUAUGGAGAUGUUGCAUUUUUGGAGCAUCACUCCCUGCAAGAAAACAUAGCAUAUCUGGAAAGCUCUGGUUGGGCUCAUGGUUUGUCUCCCUCAGACUUUGAGCUUUUGUGUCAAAAUGGUGAAAAAGUUCCACUGACAGAAUGGAAGCACUGUAACCUGGGAGUGAUCCCACCAAGUAUAGUGAUGACACGUCCUGUAAUCACCGCUAAGAUCUAUGAGUUCUUAAUGAAAUCACAGGAAUAUUUGCGAUCAAGGAACGACUCCACUUUUGAGCUCUUCAAGUCAGUACCAAAAUAUGGAGAGGGUGAUUUGCUAUUCAAAGAUUCCACUGCUUGUCUACUUCCAACUGGGCACUAUGGGCUUCAAGACAUACUAGGAGACAGUUUUAUGCAGCUUGCAAACUCAGUGUUUGACUGCACACAUGCAGGUAUCUUAGAUUUCUGCACUUCAGAUAUCUGCACAGAUAAGAAGAAAUAACUAUGAAGUCAUAUAAGCAUUAACACAAAUGAUGCCAGCUAAACAGGUUUACUGCCUUUGUUCCACCAUACACCCCUGUACUCCCAGCAUGGUCUACCUUUAAA